CAUAGACAAAAUAAGGAGUCGCUUAUACAAGAUAUUCCAACCAGAUGGAAUUCGACUCUGGACAUGAUAAAAAGUGUCUGUAGAAAUGAACAGCCACUGAGGGAUGUCCUCACCACACACAACACCAAGGUUGCCAUGCCAACUACAGCUGAAAUGGACAAACUGCAGAGGUUGGAAACGCUACUGGAGCCCUGCAGGUAUGUGACUGAACUUCUGGGAGGAGAAAAGUAUGUUUCAUGCUCUGUGGUUCUGCCUGCUUUUUGCCAUCUCUCUCGGGUCAUGGAGAGUUCAGAUGAUGACCCAGCCUACGUGGUCAAAUUUAAGUCUACAUUCAGAACAGACCUGGAGACACGCAAAGAAAAUGCCAACAUUGCAUAUCUGAAGAUUGCUACCGCAUUGGACCCUAGAUUCAAGGACCUCAAGUGUAUACCCAGAGCUGAGAGGGGUGAGGUGUGGGCCUUAGUCACCAACUUACUAAAGGAACAGAGGUUUGUUGCAGAGAAACCUGUGGAAGCAACAACAUCAGAGCCACCAAAUAAAAAGUUAGCCCUAUUGGCUGCUUCAUCAGAGUCUGAUUCUGAGCAGGAGGAAGAUUCAGUUGAGAACAGUGUGCGUCGAUUCAGAGCGGAGCCCACCAUCAGUACAGAGUCCUGUCCAUUAGAGUGGUGGUCCAAACAUGCAGGCUCACACAGCAGGCUGGCCUCCAUUGCACAAAAGUACUUGGCCACACCUGCAACAUCAGUACCCUGUGAAAGGUUGUUUUCUCUUGCUGGUCAUAUUGUACAGAAGAAGAGAGUUUCUUUAUCAUCUGAAAAUGUAAAUAACCUUGUGUGUCUUAGCAACUGGCUUGGUGCAGAGCAGUAAAUAGGUUACACACCUAAAAUAUAUCUGUCCAAUCUGGUGGGAACAAAAAUCUGGAUUGUCUUAGUUUUAAAAAAUGGCAGAGGGUGGUAGCAGAAAACGAACCUCACUUACUCAAGAUGAAGCUGAAACAUCUCACAGUCAGAAGAGUCACAGUGAUGCUUCUCAUGAUGAAUAUGAAUCUCCUGAUGAAGGAAGCAUCCACAGGGCCCCAAAGUUCACAGAUGAUGAAACAGACACCCUCAUUGACCAAGUUAUUCAUCAUACAUGUCAGCUAUUUGGUCCCGAAGCUUUUAAUGUACACCAGAAAUUUAAAAAUAAUACUUGGGAAGAAAUAGCAAAAUCUGUGUCUACAGCUCGAGAUAUACAUCGAACUCCUGAAAGCUGCAAAAAGAGACUACGUGACUGUAAGAGGAAGACAAAUCAUAAAAUAAAGUGUAGAAGAAAACUCCAAAAGGUUUGGGAGAAAAAACUAGAAGAGCACUUUAGAAUGGUACAAGAUGACGAGAGGCCACCCACUGGUUCCCAGGAACUUAAGGUUGCUCAAGAAAAAAAUCAAAAGAAAACACAUAAGAAAAAGCAGAAGAAUUUGGAAGAGCAACAGUCUGGUUCCUUUACAACAAUUUCAAGGAAAGUUUCUUUUUCUGAAACAAAAACAGUUAUGACAGACAAUUUUCCUCCAACUGCGGAUGAACCAUCAGUGAUGCCACAUAUUUUAACAUUGGACAAUCCUUCCAUGGUGGACGAACCAUCAAUGCUGCAUCAUGAUGCAACAGCGGACCAUGCUACCAUGUUGGACCAACCAUCAAUGCUGCAACAUACUUCGACAGUGGAUGAUACUUCCUUUGUGGCCGAACCAUCAAUGCUGAAACAUUCGGCAAGAGUGGAUGAUCAUUCCACGGCGGACCAAACAUCAAUGAUGCAAGAAUAUUCUUCUGUGGUUCAAAGUUCCACUACGGUAGAGACUUCCACGGUAAAUGAAACAUCCAUGAGGCAAGAACAAUCAACAAUGGAUGAUCCUUUCAUGGAGGAAGAAAAUUCAACCAUGCUAAACCCUUUAAUGUUAGAUAAAGCCAUAGAAAGCAACAUGGUGACUGCCACACAGACACAGGAUAACAUUAAUGAGGAGCCUGUAUUGCACAGCCAGAAAAGUAAUAUUGAUACAGAAGAUACCAACCAGGUGGAAUUGAAUGCAGAGACUGCACAUUCUAGUGUAAUUGACCAUGGUCUUCAAGACCAAUUCCUGGACUCUACAAAUCAAGAACUUUUUAUACACACAGAAUGUGACGUUAGCAGAUCACAAACCAUUAGCCAACAGGAUUCUUUAAAGGAAACCAUGCAGCUAAUUGAGAGGAAUAGAAAUGAAGAAAUGAAAAAAAUUGAACAUCAAAUAAAUCAGCUGAAUAAUAAUAUACAGAUUCUCAACACAACACAAAGACAACAGAAUCAAGCACUUGUCACUCUUGCAAAUUUUUACGAUCAUCUUGUUUCAUCACAGAAUGUGGCAGCAAUCAACUACCAACAGAUGCAGCACAGUAUAAAUCAAAUGCUAGCAUGGCAGUAUGAGACUAUUACCAUCACACGCAUGAUUUCCACUUUCAUGCAACUGUUGACAGAAGAAAGACAAAGAAUGUCCAGAUCAGAUAAUCCUUCUUGUAUAUCCAAUGCUACAGCAGGAACCUUUGUAUCCAGCUGUACACGUGGAGACUAUGUAACAAGCUCUACACACAGAGAGUAUGCAACGAGCGCUGCACCUGGAACCUAUCUAUACACCACUUUACCAGGAGAAUCUGUAUCCACCCCUGCAGCAGGAACAGAUGUAUCCACCACUUUACCAGGACCCUAUGUAUCCACCACUGCAACAGUAACCUAUGUAUCCACCACUUUACCAGUAUACUCUGUAUCCACUGCUGCAGCAAGUACCAAUGUUUCCACCACUUUAACAGGACCAUAUGCAUCCUACACUUUACCAGGACCCUAUGUAUCCACCACUGCAGCAGGACCCUAUCUAUCCACUACUUUAACAGGACCCUAUGUAUCCUCGACAUUAUCAGAACCCUAUGUAUCCAUCCCUGCACCAAGACCCUAUGUAUCCACUACUUUAACAGGACCCUAUGUAUCCUCGACAUUAUCAGGACCCUAUGUAUCCAUACGUGAAACAGGACCCUGUGUAUCCUCCACUUUUGCAGGACCCUAUGCAUCCAUCCCUGCACCAAGACCCUAUGUAUCCACCACUGCAACAGAACCCUAUGUAUGCACGACUGUAACAGGACACUAUGUAUCCUCAACUUUAGCAGAACCCUAUGUAUCCAUCCCUGCAUCAAGACCCUAUGUAUCCACUACUUUUACAGGACCCUAUGUAUCCUCCACUUCAGCAGGACCCUAUGUAUCCACCACUGCAACAGAACCCUCUGUAUCCACGACUAUAACAGGACACUAUGUAUCCUCAAUUUUAGCAGAACCCUAUGUAUCCAUCCCUGCAUCAAGACCCUAUGUAUCCACUACUUUUACAGGACCCUAUGUAUCCUCCACUUCAGCAGGACCCUAUGUAUCCACCACUGCAACAGAACCCUCUGUAUCCACGACUGUAACAGGACACUAUGUAUCCUCAAUUUUAGCAGAACCCUAUGUAUCCAUCCCUGCAUCAAGACCCUAUGUAUCCACUACUUUUACAGGACCCUAUGUAUCCUCCACUUUAUCAGGACCCUAUGUAUACAACAACUUACAUGGAGACUAUGUAUCCACUGCUUAUAGAGGCCUCAAUGUAUCCACCACUGCACCAGGGCCCUAUUUAUUGAAGCCAAAACCAGGACACUCAGAAUCCACUACUGGACAAAUUGCCUCAGAAUCCACCGCUGACUCAGGACCCUCAGAAUCCACCGCUGCAACAGGAAAGUAUAAAUCCACCGCUGCACCUGUACCCUCUGAAUACAGCCCUGAAAACACAAAUUUGAGAAGCAUAGCUGUAGCAUCAGAAGUGCAUUCAAGAUUGCAAUUGGCUUAUCGACCUAGCUCAAGCUAUGAUGAGAAUAUGGAUCUUCGAGUCAGAUUAGAGCGUGCAAAUAUUCAAAUUCAACAUUGGAAGAGACAGGAAGCUAACGAUGAGGAUGAAGCUUAAAUAUUAAAGAUAUGUCACAAACGGUCUUGCGAGCCAGGGUGAAGGAACUGAAGACAGAGGGAUACAGAGUCAUCCAUGUGUCCUGUUUGAAAAGA